AUGAUGAAUUAAUUACUAAAUCCACUACUUCAGAUGUAGGGCAGAAGCCUGAUGGUGUGGGCAGUAUGGACCUAAUGAACGGGCAGCCCAGCAGUGUUAAUAUUGCAGCUACCGCUUCAGAGAAGAGUAGCAGUUCUGAGUCGUUAAGUGACAAAGGUUCUGCUGAACUGAAGAAAAGUUUUGAUGCAGUAGUAUUUGAUGUGCUAAAGGUUACUCCAGAAGAAUAUGCAGGCCAGAUAACACUAAUGGAUAUUCCUGUAUUUAAAGCUAUUCAACCAGAGGAGCUGUCAAGCUGUGGUUGGAAUAAAAAGGAGAAAUACAGCUCUGCUCCAAAUGCAGUUGCCUUUACAAGAAGAUUCAACCAUGUAAGCUUUUGGGUCGUUAGAGAGAUUCUUCACUCACAGACAUUAAAAAUACGAGCUGAGGUUCUGAGCCACUACAUUAAAACUGCUAAGAAACUCUAUGAGCUGAAUAAUCUACAUGCCCUUAUGGCUGUGGUAUCUGGAUUGCAAAGUGCCCCUAUCUUCAGGUUAACUAAAACAUGGGCGUUACUGAGCCGGAAGGACAAAACUACCUUUGAAAAGUUGGAGUACGUAAUGAGUAAAGAAGACAAUUAUAAACGGCUUAGAGACUAUAUUAGCAGCUUGAAGAUGACUCCUUGUAUUCCUUAUUUAGGUAUUUAUCUCUCAGACUUGACAUAUAUCGACUCAGCGUAUCCAUCCACAGGAAGUAUUCUGGAAAAUGAGCAGAGAUCAAACUUAAUGAAUAACAUACUUAGAAUAAUUUCAGAUUUACAACAGUCUUGUGAAUAUGAUAUCUCUGUGCUGCCUCAUGUUCAAAAAUAUCUGAAUUCUGUUCAGUAUAUAGAAGAGCUUCAAAAGUUUGUGGAAGACGACAACUAUAAGCUUUCAUUAAAGAUAGAGCCUGGGACCAGCACUCCUCGUUCUGCUGCUUCUCGUGAAGAUUUAGUAGGCCCUGAAGUUGGAGCUUCUCCACAAAGUAUACGAAAAAAUGCUGCAGCUGAAGGGGCAUUGCUACCGCCAACUCCUCCAUCCCCUAGGAACCUGAUUUCACACGGUCAUAGAAAAUGUCACAGUUUAGGAUACAA